CGUAACACCCGUGUCAUUUCACUAUGGCGAAGGGGCUGUAAACAAAUGCGGUGGGAAAAGGCGCGUCCUCUUUGUGAAAAUAGGUUUCCGUUAGAUAUGAUUUCGCGUUUAGUUGAGUAUAUUAACAUAGUACGGAUGGAGAAAUGUGUGAAAGCGCUUUAGUGAUGCAGACUGGACGCGGACCAUCCGAUUUCAGUAACAUGGACCGGAUCAAACCGUCAAACCGCUUUCAAAUACACCAUUUAUGCUUUUAGUCAGGAGCUGUUUUAGUUUGAAAUCAUGUUGACAGGGUCCAAAACCACCUUUAAAGUGAGACAGAUGGUUCCGGACAUGAAGGAGAGGAUGAUGAGCCACAGUAGCCUUCAUGCACGCGGGAGAGAUGUGCUCGGCCUCUGCUGUUUACCAGGAGAGUGUGUGCUACAGCGAGCCGUGCUGGUGAGGAAGAAGCUGUCGGCUAAAGAAGGAGGAGGCUGGUUGUCUGGGACUCUGUUCUGCACUCAUUUCAGAGUGGCCUUCGUGCCUCAGGACAGCCAGAAACCUGACGAUAAUGCAGAUCCUGUGCUGCUCGGGGAUCAUGACGUAGCUCUCGCCUCCAUUGAUAAAGUCGUGGCAGUUGGACCGUCUCGCACCAAACUAGUGACCCCUACCUGCUCCCUAAAAUUCACCCCGGAGGAGUUGGUGUUGUACUGCCGAGACAUGCGUGUCCUCUGCUUCCUGUUUGACAGACUCACACCUGAUACUCAAGCUGUGGAGAUCACGUACACCAUUGCUAAGACCUACCAACCACUGAAACCUGGAACCAUCCUCUCCUUCCAAAAUGCUGCUUUGGGUAGUAUUGAAAUGAAGCAGUUCUUAAGCAACAGGCGGCGUGACCCUAACAUGAACUGGUUCGAGUGUUCGAUGGGAUGGGAGCAGGAGCUGGAGAGGACAGGUGCCAGCGGCUGGAGGGUCAGCUCUGUCAAUGACCGCUUUGAGAUGUCCACCAGUCUGCCCAGAUUCAGUGUGGUUCCUCAGAGGGUCCUGGACACAGAGCUCAAGAAAACAUUUGCCCACUUUAACGAGGGUCGCAUCCCACGCUGGUGCUGGCGUCAUCCGCAUGGCAGUGAUUUACUACGAAUGGCCAGCUUCCAAAAUAACAUCUACCAUGAGAAGGAUGACAUCAGGAACCUGGAGCUGGUGCUCUUCGGCAGACAGCAGCUGUGUGUGAUUGUGGAUCUGGGAGAGGAAAUGCCAUCACCUGCAGACAUCCAGCUGGCUCACACGAGACUCCGGACACUUUGUCUGGGCGAUAUUUCAUCAUCUGUAUCGGUACCUGAUGACAAGUGGCUCUCCACUCUUGAAAGCACUCGCUGGCUCGACUAUACUCGGUGCUGUCUGAGAAAAGCUGCGGAGGUGGCUUGUUUGCUCAGAGGAGGUCACAUGACUGUCGUUCUCCAAGAGCCGGAGGAUCGAGACAUGAACUGUGUGGUCUGCAGUCUGGUGCAGGUGAUGUGUGACCCUCACUGCAGGACUGUGGCUGGAUUUCAGGGCUUGGUUCAGAAGGAGUGGAUCACGACUGGACACAAAUUCCUCAGUCGGAUCAACUACCACAGAGAAAGUGAUAAAGAGGAGGCCCCUGUGUUCCUGCUGUUUCUCGACUGCGUGUGGCAGCUGUGGGUGCAGUAUCCCGCACGCUUCCAGCUUACUGAAGACUACCUGCUGGCUCUGCAUGACAGCGUGCACCUUCCACUCUUCAGCAGCUUCCUGGCCAACAGUCAGAGGGAGCGAUGUCGCCGCUCACAGCAUCUUCCCCAGAGCUACACCCCAGUGAACGGUCUGAGGGAAUUGCCCAUGGGCACCCCAGAGGAGCCGGUAGACCCACCUUUCCCUCCGGUGUGGGACUGGGCCCUGCAGUACAGCGGUCAGAGACGAGCCCGCUUCACCCAACCUGUGUCACAACCUGCAUGCCCUCCACCUGUCCUCAACGGAAACCUCAACACCAACCUGGACCGCAGCUGGCACAAUGAUGGACUGCCAGGCUCUGUGUUCCUGUUGUCCCGUAGCACAUUCUCCCAUCCCUCCAACCUGCUCCCCUGGAGGAGCGGAAACUCUGGCUCAUACUGGAAGAGCCACCGCAGGGCUCCUUCAUCUGAGAGUCUGUCUGGACUCGAGCGUCUCAUCAGAGCUUGUUCACUCUCUGAACCCUCAGAGAACCAAUCAAUUCUUCACGACCCAUACGAGCCCUUGCUGCCCCUGCUCUUGGGACCCUGUGUCAGAGUAUGGAGGGGCUGCUAUUUAAGGGGCGCACUACACGCUCAGGCUUUCUCACACCCCAUGUCUUCCUGCAGUCAGCAUCCAUUAGAUCAGCUGGCCUGGGAAGUGCAGCAGCUCCGAGAGAAACUGGCUCAGGCUUCUCACAGACGCCCCGAGAACCAGACUAAACGACAGGAGCCACGCCGGCUGGAGUCCAACCUCAACCAGAACGCCAACAAUGGGACCUUCCUGUUCUCCUCUUCCUCUAGAACAUCUCAACAACAGCCGCUGCUGUCCAGCCGAGGUGCGGUCCAAUCCUCCGUCCCUCCCAGAGCCCAGCGGACGGCAUCUGAUCCUUCCAGGCCUGCGCAGAGGAAUAACGGCAAGCACACGUUUCUGUUCGGCCACCAAGAGCCGCAAUCAGGGCAGCGUUACAUUCCCUCCCCUAGUGCCAAACUUCCCAAACGCCCCGGACACUCACACUGAUCUGAAGGAAGGAAAGAAACGCCCCUCUCUGGUGUUUGUGUUACUGAAACAAUUCAAUACGGUACAAAGCAGAAACUCCACUAGAAACAUGAAAACUAUGUGCACUUGAAAAAGCACAGAUUGACGUGGACUUUUUUUUUGGUAUACGCAGCUAUGUAAAGGUUAGCAUAAAACAGGCUAGCAAAAAAGGGUCAACAAUUUACAACAUGACGUUCUUCCUCUGUUGUGUUUUUAUAAGAUAGUUUAACUACAUGGUCUGGUUCACUAAAAAUAAAGAAUCUUGUUAUUUAUUCAUCCUCAUGUUGUUCCAAAUUUAUGACUUGAUGUCAUGAUUUUGUGUGAAAACAAAACAAAAUUUAAAUCAUUAUUCACUAAAAAUCUUUUAAAAGUAGCAGUAUGCAAUUAAUCGAGAUGAAUCCUUUCAAUGAAUCAGCUGACUUUCUUCACAGAAUCAGUCUAAAUGAUUAAUUUUGAUGCUUGAAAGCUUGUAAUUUGUGCUGUUUUACAUGUGAAACAGUGAUCAUUUUUCUUACCUUGUGUUCAUGGAAGAAUGAAAAUAAAAAAGACAUUGGUACGACAUGAGGGUGACUAAAUAACAACAGAAUUUACUAUUUGUUUAAAUAAAAAUUUAAAACUGUAGCGAAGCAGAGAGUAGUAUAUGUCUGCAUGUGAAAUUAAAUGUGUCUGACUGAGGUUCAUGCCAAAAUAUUGAUUUGUUAACUUCUGUGUUGGUCACGAAAUGAUUUUAGCUUUAAGUAGUUUGUGCAUGUAUCAGUAGUUCAUGGUACGGUAGGCUAGUAAAAUAGCGAUUUGUGUUUCCUCAACCAAAAAGGCGGGAAAAUGGCUGCUAUCACGCUAAUAAUACAACUAAGGAGGUUUUGCAGUUCCCUGAACGGCCACAAGAUGGACACAAAAUAAUCUUCAGCCUCCUUGUUGAAUGCAAAUAAUACAAAAUGCUGUCUUGCCUCUUAAUAUUUACAAGCAACGGCACAAUACUGUUAAGUGUGUAAUGCAUUUUUGUAUUUUAUUAAGUAUUAAUACAAAAAUAGAAGAGAAAUGGAGACUAGAUGCAACAUCAGUGAUAUUACAAUUAUUUAUAUGCUGCCUCUGUCUUUUAAGUGGAUAUUUAAGUGUUACUUCAUCAUAAUGUACGAGGAUGUGUUUUUAAAAUCAUUUUGUGAUGAGAGUUAAGUCAAUCUGUGUGUAAGGAAGGACAAAAAAAAAAAAGUAGCGCUCAUUUUAUAUUCUCAUUUUAUAUUUUUAUCUUCUGUGCUUUACUCUCUCCGUUUUCAAUCAGUGGAGUUCCAAGACUUCCUUCAACAUGCUUUUUUUUUUUUUCAUUUCCUGUGGAUUUCUUUUGUAAGACUGACAGAUUUUCUACAAAUUACAGUGUUCAGAACUGCUCAUUCUGAUAAUAGCUGACCCAAAAAUGAAAACUGUCAUUAUUUACUCAUCCCAGUGCUGUUGUUUUUCUUUUGAAAAUUAAUUUUAAUGUUCUAAGGAAACAAUAACAGCAUUUGGAAGAACACAAAUGUGACGUUCUCAUUUUUUUUAGGUGAACUAUUCCUUUUAGGUUUGAUGGAAAGCUCUGAAGCUCCUUAGUGGUGUGGGUUACAAGACAGACAGCUUCAGAUCUGUUCUUGUGAGGCGUUCUUCCUCAAAAAGUGUUACGCCACUAAUGUCUGACAACAGUGACGUUCCAAAAUUGAGAGAGUAGCUCCAGAGCUUUGUGUCCUACUUUUAUUUCCCCUACGGGGAAAAGGUGCUGGAGACAUUAACAUACGGUACCGUGUUGAGAUUUCACUCUAUUGUCUCGCUCUCAUAUCAGCAGGAGAAAUGGACUUGAAAUAUCUUGCAUCAACAUAUUUCACAAGACUGAAUUGAAGCAAACGUUUAUUUGAUGGCACAAGAAUUGCUUGCAUUUCAUGAAAUGACCCAAUGCUUGUGCCUUUUUCAUCCUUGCAUCUGCCACAGGGACGAAUCUAUUCUCAUGUUUUUCAUUUCUUAUUCUUUUAUAACAACCUUUAUUGGCACAUUUUAGAUAAAUAAAUACAUGUUAUAGUUCCUAAAUACAAAUGUUUGAUGGUUUUCUUAACAUUUGUUAUUCUGGCUUAUUAAAAAUAUAUGACAAAUGAGCCCAAUA